UGUCUGUACCUCUUCUCCGAUCGUGGGAGCCUGGCGGAGGAGUCUCCACCGCUGAAACCUGUAUCACUGUACACUCUUGGUAGCUACGCACCGUGUCCGGUAAACAGCGCAGAGGACGGGAAGGUGAAACGCUCUAUUUUUACUCGCUGUGGAUAUAUAAAGUACUGCUGCCAGCUGGAGGGGGUGACAGUUGGACACAUCCUCAGCGCAGCCAGGCGUUAGAGGCGCUGGUGCCCUGGAGAGAAGCAGGAAGACAGAGGACGACUUCUUUCUGUUUUUAUUGGAGAGAGGAGAAAGAUGCCCAAGCCGAUCAAUGUGCGUGUCACCACCAUGGAUGCUGAGCUGGAGUUUGCCAUUCAGCCCAACACAACAGGCAAACAGCUCUUUGACCAGGUGGUGAAGACAGUGGGUUUAAGGGAGGUCUGGUUCUUUGGCCUACAGUACACAGACAGUAAAGGCUACGUGACAUGGCUCAAGCUCAACAAGAAGGUGACCCAGCAAGAUGUGAAGAAGGAGAAUCCGCUGCAGUUCAAGUUCAGAGCAAAGUUCUUUCCAGAGGAUGUUUCUGAGGAACUCAUCCAGGAGAUCACACAGAAACUCUUCUUCCUGCAGGUGAAGGAGGCCAUUCUGAAUGAUGAGAACUACUGUCCCCCAGAGACAGCUGUGCUGCUGGCCUCCUACGCUGUCCAGGCCAAGUAUGGUGAUUACAACAAAGAUAUUCACAAGCCUGGCUACCUGGCCUCCGACCGACUACUGCCACAAAGAGUUCUUGAGCAACACAAGCUGACAAAGGAACAGUGGGAGGACAGAAUACAGACCUGGCAUGAGGAGCACAGAAGCAUGCUCAGAGAGGAUGCAAUGAUGGAAUAUCUUAAGAUUGCUCAGGACCUGGAGAUGUACGGUGUCAACUACUUUGAAAUUAAAAACAAGAAGGGCACAGAGCUGUGGCUUGGGGUCGACGCCUUGGGGCUCAACAUCUAUGAACAUGAAGACAAGUUGUCACCAAAGAUCGGCUUCCCCUGGAGCGAAAUCAGAAACAUUUCCUUCAGUGACAAGAAGUUUGUUAUCAAGCCCAUUGAUAAGAAAGCACCAGAUUUUGUGUUCUACGCCCCUCGGUUGCGGAUCAACAAGCGCAUCCUGGCGUUAUGUAUGGGAAACCAUGAGCUGUACAUGAGGAGGAGGAAGCCUGACACUAUUGAGGUGCAGCAGAUGAAGGCUCAGGCCAGGGAGGAAAAACACCAUAAACAGAUGGAGAGAGCGCAGCUGGAGAAUGAGAAGAAGAAGCGUGAGCACGCAGAAAAGGAAAAGGAGCGGAUAGAGCGAGAGAAGGAUGAGUUGAUCGAAAGGCUGAGGCAGAUUGAAGAGCAGACACAGAGAGCUCAGAAAGAACUUGAAGAGCAGACUCGCAAAGCGCUGGAGCUGGAGCAGGAAAGGAAGCGAGCAAAGGAGGAGGCAGAGCGUUUGGAGAGGGAGAGGCAGGCAGCGGAGGAGGCCAAGGCGUCGCUGGCUCAGCAGGCUGCUGAUCAGAUGAAGAAUCAUGAACAACUGGCUGCUGAGUUAGCGGAGUUCACUGCCAAAAUUGCCCUGCUUGAAGAGGCAAAGAGGAAAAAAGAAGAGGAAGCAACAGAAUGGCAACACAAAGCUCUGUCAGCACAAGAGGACCUGGAGAAAACCAGGGAGGAGCUGAAGACAGCCAUGACGUCUCCACCAGCACCAGAGCAUGAUGAGCAGGAUGAAACGAACGCUGAGGCGAGCGCUGAGCUGCUCAGUGAUGGCGUCACCAGCCACCGUAGUGAAGAGGAACGCAUCACUGAGGCACAGAAGAACGAACGUGUCAAGAAACAGCUGCAGGCUCUGAGUUCAGAAUUGGCCCAGGCCCGGGACGACACUAAGAAAACGCAAAACGACAUGCUGCACGCUGAGAACGUCAGGGCAGGAAGAGACAAGUACAAAACCCUGCGCCAGAUCCGCCAGGGUAACACGAAGCAGCGCAUUGAUGAGUUUGAGUCCAUGUGAGCUUGGAAUGAAAGGUGGACAUAACGAAGAGGAGGGACAGUUAGUCUCGUUGCCAUGUCAACGCCUCACUUUCCUUUUAAAGCCCAAAACCUGCUGCCACCACGGGAACUCCUGCUUUGUUCUGUCAGGAGAGAGACCAGCUAACAGGCUUUGUAGCUUCUGCCUCGCCAAAGCUCUGCCUAGCAGCGGUUGGCCAAUCACACUUCUACCUGCUUUUUAGAGCUCGACCCCUGCCCCAACAAAGCACAUGUAUUUUAAUCUGUUGGAAAAAUAGCAAGCAACAUAUCCUUUCAAACAUGGACUCCUCCCUUGUACAAUACUGACAAUGUUAAUGCUUGCAUGUAUAAUAAUUAAACAACAACAGGACCAUUAAAUAAAAUGAGACUGGACAGAUUUGGAUGCUUUUACUCAACAAAAUGAAAUGGCCAUUUGUAGCUUUUUGAUGUUGCUGGCAUACUUGUCCAUAAAGCUUUAAUAUCUGUACCUUACUGUUACUUCUUUUGUCAUCAGUUGAACAAUUUAAAUAAUUUGUUAAAAAAAAAAAAAAAAAAAACAUGCCUUAUUUGUCUCAUUCUCUGCCCAUCUAGUAUUACAUUUUGUGUAGGGAAAGUUAGCCUGUUCAGUUCUGCUGUCUGUGUCAUUGAUCUGUUAAUGCUACAUCAACUAACUUAUCUUCUUGAAUGGCUAUCAGUUUGUAAAUGCUCAUUCAAAGAAUUGUGAGCAAAUAGAUGCAAACUAAAUUUGCUUGUUUUUAAUGCAAACUGUGCUGGCAUUCUCCAUCCAUAGAGAUAUUUGUUCAAAUAUAUAUUUUGCCCCACAAUAAAGAAUGAAUUUAUAUUUCCAA